CAAGGAUGGUUAUUCACCAGGCUGCCUUGAAUGCCUUGAUUGACAUUGUGACACAACCACCAAUUUUGGCAUAUCCUAAUUAUGAUGAUGAGUUUUUCCUACACGUAGAUGCUAGUGGACUGCGACUUGGUUGCAUUCUCUAUCAGAAACAACAUGACAAGACGUGCGUAAUAGGUUACGGCAGCAGAACCCUAUUACCGGCUGAAACCAAGUAUCACAGUAGUAAGUUAGAAUUUUUGGGCCUGAAGUGGGCAGUCACGGAGAAAUUCCGCGAGUAUUUAGCCUAUGCAGAUCAUUUCACCGUGUUUACUGAUAAUAAUCCACUGCUGUACGUGCUGGAAUCAAGCAAGUUGAACGCUAAUGGACAAAGAUGGGUAUCCGAACUUUCAGAGUUCAACUUUAGUGUGCGGUAUAGACCUGGUAUUAUUAAUCGCGAUGCUGAUUGCCUUUCGCGGUUGCCCUUGGGUAUUGAGAGAUACGUUGCUGAUUGUACGGAACAACUUUCACAAGAUGCCUUCAGAGCAAAAAUGGCCGGAGUAAAGGUGCAAAGCAGUAACAACGAAGCAUGGAGGGUAGGAUUAGGUGCUGUUAACCUAUCUUCCUAUGAACCGUUGAUGUAUGGCGAAGAAGAUAAGAUCCCAUCUGCUAAAAUGGUCGAGCUUCAACAAAAAGACCCUGAUAUCUCGGUGAUGAUAAAUGUUCUGAAGAAUAGCUCUGAUGUGCCUAAGGAUAAAUUAUCACCCGCUGUUCGUAUCAUGUUGCGGGACCGUCGGAAAUAUUUUCUUGACGACAAAGGUCGACUAAGGCGGAAAACUGGCGACAUUACCCAGACAGUUCUUCCGAAGAUUUUAAAGCCUCUUGUGUACCAACACCUACAUGUCGACAUGGCCACCUUGGUGCUGAUCGAGUUAGCAAGACUCGAGUUAGCAAGACAAAGAGUUUACUGGUCUGGAAUGUAUAAAGUAUCUGCGAAUUUACCAGACACAAGUGACCGUGUAUUUCCCAAAAGAAACCAAUGAGGGAACCGCCUGCGCCACUACAAAAUAUUAUCUCAUCAUCACCUAUGGAACUGAUUGCGAUGGAUUAUCUCCAUUUGGAAACCAGUAGCGGUGGAUACGAAUACAUCCUGGUCAUCAUGGAUCACUUUACACGAUAUGCCCAAGCAUAUCCAACACGUAAUAAGAGUGCUGCAACAGCAGCAAAGCACUUAUAUGGAGAAUACAUUCUACGAUUUGGAUUACCAUCAAGACUACUGCAUGACCAAGGACGAGAAUUCGAAAGUCAGUUGUUCACUGAACUACAUCGCCUAUCUGGUGUACAAAAAAGUCGAACCACUCCUUACCACCCACAAACUAACGGUCUUGUGAAGAGGAUGAACAGGACGCUGUUACAGAUGCUGAGAACACUUGGUGAAGUUGAGAUCGAAGUGGCACACAAGCCUGAAGAGCAAGCACCGAGAAAAGAAAAGCUGCCGCGAGAAACAGACAGGGUCGACAGCAUCAAUCUGGACAACUUGAAAUUGAAGAUAGAGUUUUGAUCAAGAACGUAGUGGAACGUGGUGGACCUGGAAAAAUAAGAGCGUAUUGGGAACAAAAGGUUUACACAAUCAAAGAUAUUAAGCAAGGGGGAGUAGUAUACACUGUCCAAAAAGAAGACGACCCAUCAAGCCGACAGAGAACGGUAAAUCGCAACCUUCUUAUGCCAUGCCGGAAUCUGAUACUACAGGAAGACACACCAGUAGCUAGGGUCAAAGGGAACACAUUGAAACCUGAGCUCUCUGCUGCAAAGCCGUCUGCAGUUACGACUCAAAGUAAACGUCGAGGAAUGAAGUUAAACAGUUCUGUAUCGACAUACGACCAAAAUGAGAUUAACGAGUCCCCAAACAACUCGGAUGAUGACGCACUCGGCCCUGCAGAUUUCCAACAGCUUUCCAAUUAUACACGGACUGAACAUGUUGAUUUCACAGUUCAAAAACCUCCAAACAAGAUUGAGGAAUGUGACAAAGAUCAGAAAGUACAGUUGGACAUUGCAGAAACUUCAGCAGGUUAAGAAUCCUUAAAGGACGGGGAAAAGGAUGUGUCAACAUCUUCCAUGGAAGAGGAUGCGUCAACAUCUUCCAUGGAAGAGAAUGCGUCAACAUCUUCCAUGGAAGAGGAUGCGUCAACAUCUUCCAUGGAAGAGGAUGCGUCAACAUCUUCCAUGGAAGAGGAUGCGUCAACAUCUUCCAUGGAAGAGGAUGCGGCAACAUCUUCUGGAGAAGACAUACACGAGGAUGAGAACAGAUAUAGAGGUGACCUAAAAAUGACGAUCAGGAUUCCGUCAGUCAGCGAGAAAUCAGACCACCACCAAAGUUCACCUACAACACAAUGGGUGAUCCAGCUGUUAAGCAGAUUGGAGUACAACGUCAAACUACAAAAUACGUUCUGAAUCCUCAAGCCAAACCUUUCACUCAAUCAAUUGGAAAUGUUUAUCAAGUUGGACCAGCAGUGUGGGUGUGAGUCCAAAGGGGAUUGCGAUGCGCAAAGGGGGGAGCGCUCGAGAUUGAAACAUCAUGUAGUACAGCAUGCGACGUGCGAAAAAAAUUACAUAUUGACUAAACUAUUAGGCGUUUUACUUACUCCUUAACUGAUUGUUUGUUUAAAAGACUGUUUGUUUCACAUACACAAAAUAAAAACGAAAAAAAACAUCGAAACUGUACAUAUUAAUAAAACAUUCUCGUUGUUUGCAUUAAAGAAGAAUUGUCACUUUAUUAUACAUUGAUUGAUUGAUUUUUGACAUUUGGUUUUUAUGUUGGCUACAAGAUAAUGUUAUAAGUCGGUGGUCUUAACUGGGUUGAAACAGUAUUUCUACGAUGAGAGCUGUUAUUUCUAUUAAAAUGUUUGGAACAUUUGUUAAAUAAGGGGAGAGUGUGACAGGUGUAUAUCUGUCUGAUCUGUCUCCUGUUGGCGUUGUCGAUGUGCGCCUUUGUGGUAGCUUGGUCUACCAUAUUUGUUUUUGUUUUUGUAAAAUAAGUGAGUAUGUGUGUCCAGCAGGAGAGCAGAUGUGAGAUUUUAACGAGUAGACAACUGUAUUUUUAAAAACGAAGAUAAAACAAAACUUUAUAACUACCAAGACUUAUUAUUAUUCGCCCUGUUUACACACACAUGAAAGAUUUUCCGUAUUACACAGUAAAUGAAGUGUUAAGAUUUUCUUAAAAAAUAAUAUGCCUAAAUUGCACAAUUACUUAUGGGGGUUUUGUUAGGAAAAAUGUUUUAUUCCCAGUUUAAAGGUUUCGUUUUAUCACUAAAAAAAAUGAGAAUUUUAUAUUAAAGUGAACAAGAUGCAGGCGCUGCAUAAACUAUCUCGCUAUUAAAAAUGCACAACUAUGAAACAUCCACAAUGCGACCCAAUUCUACAAUUUCUGCUAACAAAAAUACAGCCUAUCAUCCAUGGUUAAAAGUCGCGCGAUUGAAACGUUUAUGGUCUUAAACAGCAUUUAGGUGACAAAAAUCAAAAUUUUAAUGUCACCAUCAUGUUCAGCAUACGUUUUUUGUUGACUUUGCCAAAUUUUGUCUAAAAUAAAGUAGUUUUAAUUUUUGGACCAAUUUUGGCCUAAAAUGACAUUUAGGUGACAAAAAUCAAAAUUAUGAUGUCACUAUUAUGUUGAGCAUACCUUUUUGCAAUUGACCAUUUGGGACAUUUAGUUAGUUACGAGUUGGAAACCUAUCCUCGCAGGCGAGAUAGUAAAAAGAAAAAAAAAAGUAAAAAUAGUUACCAAGAUGAGAUUCGAACACACGACUACUCCCGUGUCGGUGCUCAGAGAGCCAAAAAUUUCCAUUUUGGGACGGACGGCUGUAUUUGAAUACUCCUCGCAGGCAAGAUAGUAAUUGUGUAAAUACACAAUUACUAUCUUGUGUAAAUACAUUUAUUUGUUAAGUUAGAUUACAAAAAAUAAACUUUUUUAAAAAAAAUAAAUUGUCUAGAGUAUAAAUAAUGCAAUAAUCUAACCUAACAGGAGAGCUAGUCAAAUAGAUAAAUCUAAUCAAGAACUAGCCCCCCUGUCAACAAAAAAAAAAUAAGAUAGACAUAUAUAUAUAUACGUAGUAGAAAUAAAUUAGACAAAACAAACAAAAAAAAAAAACACAAGAAAAACAAACAAAAAAUCAAUAAAUGAAAUAAGAUAAACAAAAAUUAAACAAAAUUAAAUAAAAAAAAAAUAUAGCUAUAUAUAUACAAAAAAUGAAUAACUAAUUGAACUUAAAUUUAAGUGUAGCAAAUAAAUUAUUAGUUUAUAUAUAUUCCUUAUAAGUAUUUACUUAACAAUUGAUUUGUAAUUAUUUUUUUGCACUGGUUUUUGGAUAGUGAUGACAGCUUUUUAUCACUGUGUUGGUUAUUAAUUGUAUUCCAGCAACGGAUUGAUUGAUAUUUUAUACUAUAAAUUCCAUACCAAGUGGUACUAACAUUUGGAAGUAUUAGGUUAUUGUUUGAUGCAUUUCUAGUAUUAUGGGUAUGAGUAUUUGUAACCAGAGUGAAAAUGCCUUGCAGAGAUUUAGGCAAAUUUUUAUGAUAAUGAUCAUACGCAAAUAAAAAGUCUUUCAGCUUAAUUGUGUCAGGAAAAGUAAGUAUUUUGGAUUUAUUAAAUAAUAGAGAAGUAGGGCUGUUUGCAGGUUUGAAGUUCAUAAUUUUAAUUGCUUUAUUUUGAAGGGAGAUAAUUCUAUUCAGGUAGGUGCUUUUGUUAUGUCCCCAUAUUUGACAUCCAUAAGUUAGAUGUGAUGAGAAGAUAGCAUGAUAUAUAUUAGUUAAAAUAUUAUAGGAAACAUAGUGUCUUAUUUUAGAUAAUAUCCCAAUGGAUCUGGAUAGUUUUACUUUAAGAUUAUCUAUGUGUAUAUGCCAUUUUAAAUGUUUGUCCAGAGUGAUCCCUAAAUAUUUAAUAGAUUCAGAAGGUAAAAUUUUAUGGCCAUUGAUUUUUAUUUUGAUAUCAUAGUCAAUAGAUUUGUUUGGAUGGGUAAAGAGGAUGAUUUC